CAGAGCCGUGUCAAGGGGCCCCGGGGUAACUGAGAAUUCCUAGCGUGACAGGCUCUCCGGUGCAAUACACAGAACCAUCCAAUAUCUCAGGAGCUGUGUGUGUUUCAGACCCUUUCAGCCCUGAGCAAUUAGAGGAACCUUCCCCAACCCAGCGCCCUGGGCUACUUAUAGCUCAUUGCGCGACUUACCACAAAAGGAAAGAGCGUCUCGCGGGGGAAGUUGCAGAGCUGUGGGACGGGUCAUUUCUCUGCAGCCCCUCGGCACCAUCAGGGAUCGGCCAUUCAGCAAACCCUGCAGGCCUACGCACUCCGGCUCUGUUCAGUCAAGACACCCGUUAUAUGGGCUGACGGCCGCCUGCUCUGCCUGCCCCUCGCUGUCAGGAUGGAGGGGGCUCUACGGCCUCCCCUUCUCUUCCUCCUGUUGUUUUUACACCCCGACGUUCAUCAAGCUUGGAAUAGAUCCUUUAGCUUUUGGAAACAUCCUAUCAGGGGAAGGCCCCGGUCCGGCAGAGCAGAGGCAGACGCGAUGGAGCUGAGCCGGAUUCUGGGGGACUCCGUCACUUUCCCUCUGGGGAUCCCAGCAGAGCAAGUCACAGCUGCUACCUGGACAGUAAACACAACGAGUAUAGUAGCUGUAGCAGCAGGAAACCCCCCCAAUGUCAUUGUGUUAGACCCAUCCUACAAGGGACGCCUGAGAGUCCCCGAGAGCUACUCGCUUCAGAUCACCAGCCUGAGGAUGGAGGACAUGGGCGCCUACAGAGCUCAAAUCACCAUAGCUACAGACCCCAGCAACAGCCACGUAUCAGGGAGUUCUAACCCUAACCACAGACACUUCACACUGCGCGUGUACAAGCCAGUACCGGAGCCAACUGUCCUCUGUGACUCAGUGACCUGUGUGAGUGAAACCUGUAACUACAACCUGCGCUGCACUGUCAGGGAUGGAGGGGAGCAUGUGACCUACAGCUGGACUCACACAGCAGGGGGCGCUGUUGUACCCAAUGAGUCCAUUCUGCACAUCUCUCUGAGCCCCCGUGAUGCUCACCUGGCCGUCACCUGCACAGCCCAGAACCCCGCCAGUAACAGCUCCACAACGGCCUCUGCAAAGGACCUUUGUGCAGGGUCCGGCAGAGCAGAGGCAGGCGCGAUGGAGCUGAGCCGGAUUCUGGGGGACUCCGUCACUUUCCCUCUGGGGAUCCCAGCAGAGCAACUUAGAACUGUUUCCUGGACAGUAAACGCAACGAGGAGUUUAGUAGCUGUAGAAGCAGGAAACCCCCCCAAUGUCAUUGUGUUAGACACAUCCUACAAGGGACGCGUCAGAGUCCCCGAGAGCAACUCGCUUCAGAUCACCAGCCUGAGGAUGGAGGACACGGGCACCUACAGCGCUCAAAUCAGCACAGCUACAGACCCCAGCAACAGCCACGUAUCAGGGAGUUCUAACCCUAACCACAGACACUUCCUGCUGCGCGUGUACAAGCCAGUACCGGAGCCAACUGUCCUCUGUGACCCAGUGACCUGUGUGAGUGAAACCUGUAACUACAACCUGAGCUGCACCGUCAGGGAUGGAGGGGACAAUGUGACCUACAGCUGGACUCACACAGCAGGGGGCGCUGUUGUAGCCAAUGAGUCCAUUCUGCACAUCUCUCUGAGCCCCCGUGAUGCUCACCUGGCCGUCACCUGUACAGCCCAGAACCCCGUCAGUAACAGCUCCACAACGGCCUCUGCAAAGGACCUUUGUGCAGCUCCCACACCAGUCUCGGCCUCCUCGCUGUCCUACUGCCACGUCAAGGGGAUCGUCCUGCUGCUGGUGCUGGGAGCCCUGAGCGCCGGGAUCAUCACGGUGCACGUCCUCCCCGGCAGGGAGCGGAGACGGGACUGAGAGCAGAGGAGCUUCCACUGCGGCUGCCAAUCCCGCCUGGGCGUUCCCCAGCCCACCAGCCCGAGGGUGAUACAGGGGGACGCUCGCUUGCAGCUUCCGAAGGGUGAAUGUCACUGAACUCAGUCCCCACGGCUGCUCCAGCGCCUGGUUCUUUCCAAGCUUCCCAGGCCCUUCCGGGCUUCCCAGACCUUUCCCAGGGACUCCCUGCCGUGCCCGCUCCCCCACAGGCUCUCCCCUCUUCCAUGGCAUCCGGCUCUCUGGGGACAGAAGCUCACGUCCAAUAUCGCAGAAGCCGUGUCUGUUUCAGACUCUUACAGCCCUGAGCAAUUAGAGGAACAGUCCCCAACCCAACGCCCUGGGCUGCUUUGCGCUCACUGCGUGAAAUACCACAAAAGGGAAGAGUGUCUCGCGGGGGAAGUUGCAGAGCUGUGGGCCGGGUCAUUUCCCUGCAGCCCCUCGGCACCAUCAGGGAUCGGCCAUUCAGCAAACCCUGCUGGCCAGUCCGCUCCGGCUCUGUUGGGUCAGGACACCCGUUAUAUGGACUGACGGCCACCCACUCUGCCUGCCCCUCGCUGUCAGGAUGGAGGGGGCUCUACGGCCUCCCCUUCUCUUGCUCCUGUUUGUUUUACAGCCCGGCGGUGAGUGAUCUGUCUGAAUUCCAGGGCAGGAAAUGACAAGGGCGCCAUUUCAGAUUUUGGUGGUCGGGGGCAGUUUAACCAUGAUUCCCGAGGAUACUUAUGCACCUGAAAGCUCUUGUUUUUUUGCAGAUAAUAAGAGAGAUACAGCGCUGCUGUCAGAUAAUUCCUAUAUAAAGAAAGAAAAUUAAAUAAACAUUAGACCCACUCAGCUCUAAUACUAACAUGAUCUGACCUCUUGUGACAAGUCACUUAAGGGACACUGGUUAGGUUUAAAAUGUUACUGUAUAUUCCUACUUUCUUACUAACUAACUCUGGAAACAAUUGUAGAAGAACCUAGAGAACUUUCUAUCUCUUUUUUGCAGCUCAUCAAGCUUGGAAUAGAUCCUUUAGCUUUUGGAAACAUCCUACCAGGGGAAGGCCCUGUGAGCUUAUACUGCACCUGCCUGGGGCUCUAGGGGUGUUACCCCACCACAAAUAAUAGCCUAGAAACUGACUUUAAACAGGAGUGAAACUGACACUUUCAAGUCACUUGCCGAGUAUUGCUGACCCCUAAUGUUCAAAAAUCAAGAAUCAGACUCACCAAAAAUCAUGAGAUUGGCUUUAAAAUAAUGAGCUUAUAUAAAAAAAAUAAUAGAUUUGGUGGCUUUUUUUCUUUACAUUCUGCUUUUUGAGCCUUUAAGCUGCACUGGGGUCACAUUUUGAAGCUUUCUCCACAGCCACGAGAGCUAGAAACUUCAUUGUUCUUUAAGAAUAAAGGCUGAAAUCAUCACAUCUCACUUGACUCCAGGUGCCGGGGUUUUAAGGAAAACAAUAUUUAUCAUGAGACUCAUGACAAACCACUGCUUUCACUUCUCUUUAAAGACUCGUUCCUUUCCAGAAAGGUCUUAAACACAACACUACCGUGAUUGAGUUGCAGUUUUCACAGGAGAACUUUUUAAAUCAAACACCAAGAAAAUUCCAUGUUUUAAAGUGGGGGGAAAAUUGACACUUCUGAGGUAUCUCAGGGCCACUGCAGGCAGGAAAAGAAAUUAACACGCACAGGAGCUCUGGGCAGCUGUUCCUGUUGAAAGAAAGUUGGAGGGUCAAAUCUUCUAGUCCCUAAUCAAGUAAAACGUCUAUUGCCAUCAGCACCUCCACUCAUAGAUAUAACAUCACCGUGACCAGGUGCUAACACGUGUGCUCAGUAACUACACGCUUCACACUUAAAUAUCUGAGCUGUCUUACCCAGAGUCACACAGCUUAGAUGCCUUGGCUCAGGGACUGGAUUUCCUGGAGUAUUCUGAACAGCGCUGAGCACACAGAUGGUGCCCCGUGAAUAACACAAAUCAUGACAAUAAUCGCCGACGUUAUGGACUCCGUGGAGGGAGUUUCUGUUCUUUGUUCUGGAAUUGGCCUGAGUACAGCUGAAACCCUCCGAAUUUGAUGUGUAAUCACAUCUGAUACUCAGACGACACUUCCUCAUUCCUUCCUUUUCUCAAACUCAGAACAAAAAAUGACAAGACAAAAUGAUUUUCAUUUAAAAUCUAAAAUUGCCUUCUUGGUUUUGCUCCCAUGCGUCAGAAUCCGCUUCUUUGCAGCAUGCAGCAGAGAGAAAGGCUGGUCCAGUGCAUAGGGAGCCAGCCCUGAGAGACCUGGAUUCUGCUUCCCUCCCCCCAUAGACUUCCUGUCUGACCUCAGGGCAGCGCCUUAGGGACAGAGUUUCAAAGGUUUUUAGGCACCCAAAGAUGCGCCGGGCAUCCAGUGGGGUUUACAAAGCACCGAACCUUCUAGGCACUUUUGAAAAUCCCACUCGAUGCCUAAAUACUAUGAAAGUCUGACUGUGUGUGCCUCAGUGCCCAUCUGUACAAUGGGGAUAAGAGCACAGCUCUGCCUCACCCAGGGGCUGUGAUGUGAGGUGCUCAGAUACUGCGGUGAUGGGGCCACAUCAGUACCACAGGUAGCGUGGGAACUUCUCUGUGCCACUGCUAGCCCUGCCCUGGGGUUUGGCCCCUUCUUUUCACCUAUGCCCCUCACACCUUCCUCUGUUCUGAAUGUAGUCUGGGCUCACAGGGCUUGGCUGCAUUUCUUCUGAGUCCCCUAAAAAAACACAAGGAGUCUGGUGGCACCUUAAAG